AUGAUCUGCGUGAAGUCGCUGCAGCUCGAUCUCAAUCGGAUUCUCUUGCUGACGGUUGGCUUAUGGCCCUUCGAGCGGUCCAAAUUCGUCCAACUGCAAUUGAUCUUAUCCUACGGUAUCCUGAUAACUUCCAUUGUGUUUCCGCUUGCAACGUUUGCGACAACGAAAUGCACUCUGCAUCUUAUAGUCGAGGUGUUGUCAACUGAGUUUCUUCUCAUUCUUUUUUCGAUAAAAUUCAGUGCGUUCUGGUUUAACUUGGACACUAUAAAGCUUAUAUGGGAAAUAAUCCAGAAUACCUACGACGAGCUGACAGACAGCAGCGAAGUUGCUAUCUUAGAAAAGUACGGAACUAUCGCGAAACGUUACACCUACACGCUCACGCUGCUCGUCAUAUGCUGCGUAUCUGUUUUUAUGUUCCUCCCACUCUGGCCGCGAAUUAUCGACGUCGUGUGGCCCGCGAACGAAUCUCGUCCGCAUCCUCCAUUGCAAAUUACGAUGGAGUACUUUCUCGACCAUGAAAGAUAUUUCUACCUAUUCGUCCUACACAUAAACGCAAUCUUUUGCAUAGGACAAACUACAAUAUUGGCGACAGGAACAAUUAUCAUAGCGUAUUUUCAAUACAUCUGCGGAAUGUUUAAAGUUGCUAGUUAUCGUAUGGAGCAGGUCAUGAUCGGUACUUUAAAGAUGAGUGACGCGGAACUUAAGAGUUUGGUACACAAGAGAAUAAUUUUUGCCAUCGAUAUGCAUCGUAAAGCCACAAAGUUUGCAAAACUCUUUCAGUCUAAAUUCGAGAUAUUCUUUUUUUUCUUGAUGAUAACCAUAGUAAUUUCAAUAAGCCUCAGUCUUUAUCGUAUCUUUUAUGAAUUGUCAACUGGAUGCGACAUCGAGAAGUUGAUAACAUCCUUAAUGUUGCUACUUUCUCAUUAUGUAUACAUGUUUAUUUCUAAUCUGGGUGCACAAGAGAUUAUGGAUCAUAACGAGCACGUGUUUUCUACUGUAUAUAACGUUCGGUGGUACACUACUCCGUUACAUAUACAAAGAAUAAUAUUAUUCCUGCUGCAAAGAGGCACUAAAACGUUCUACAUAAGUCUCGCAGGAAUGUUUGUGGGAUCUCUAGAGGGAUUCAGCACGCUAACGAGCCUCUCAAUAUCUUAUUUCACCGUUGUGUACUCUAUAAGUUGUACUUUGUGCAGCGUUAUGAGUAUCAUUCUUUUGCCGUUGUGGCCGCACUUCGUCGGUAUGUUCGUGUACAUAAACAACACGCGACACGCGAUGAAGAUCGUGACGGAAUACUUCAUCGACCAAGACAAAUACGUCUAUCUACUUCUGGUGCAUAUAGACACGUCUUUGUUUAUCGGGACGACCGUGAUAGUGGCGAUGGGAACGAUACUCCUUGGUUAUUUGAAGCACGCCUGCGGGAUGUUCAGAAUCGACAUGAUCUGCAUCGAAACAUUGUACAUCAACCUCAAUCGGCUCCUACUGCUCGCUGUCGGCUUAUGGCCCUACCAACAAUCUAAACUGGUUCAAUUACAGCUAAUUUUGUUAUUUAGUACUUUGAUAAGCUUCAUUUUAUUUCAGUUUGCGUCGCUCGUGACUUUAGAAUGCACUCCGGAUCUUCUCAUCAAGGUUCUUUCUUCUACGUUAUUUUUCAUCACCUUGGUCAUCAAAUACAACUCAUUCAGAGCUAAUAUCAAAGCUAUAAGGUAUCUACUGGAAUUGCUUCAGCGCAUCUACAACGAGUUACAGGACGAGAAUGAAAUCAUUAUCAUAAGGAAGUACGGGCAGCUGGCGCAGCGUUCUACAGCUGGAUUGCUUACAUGUAGCGUGUUCAUCAUAAUUAUGUCACUCUUGUACAUAAUUUAUCCGCUCAUUCUCGACAUCUUGUGGCCCUUGAAUAAGCCUCGACCGCGGCAACAGUUGCAGUUUGUUACCGAAUACUUUGUCGAUCAAGAGAAGUAUAUUCAACUGAUCACAUGGCACGCGUUCGCAGCUUUUUUGGUGGGUGGAGUCGCAAUGCUAGCGACAGGAACGAUAUUGAUGACGUUUAUUCGAUACGCUUGCGGAAUGUUUCAAAUCGCUAGCUACCGUAUCGAGCACGCAAUGAUAGCCGGAACUGCAAAAUACGGCAAAAAUAAGGACAGCAAUUUAAUUUACGAGAGUUUAAUAUACGCCGUGGACAUCCACCGCAAAGCCAUGCAGUUCUCCAACAUGUCGGUAUCCAAAUUCAAAGUAUCGUUUUUUCUUUUAAUAAUCAUCGGCGUACUCUGUGGUGCUCUCAAUUUAUUUCGAAUUUCUCAGAUAAUGAUGGGCGAAUAUAACAACAUCGAGAUCUCGUUCCCUUUUGUGUUUAUAAUUACCUAUAUAAUGUAUUUGAUAAUAGGUUGCUAUGUCGCACAGGAGAUUACGGACCACAGUAAUCACGUGUACACCACCGUAUACAGCGUACAAUGGUACGUCGCACCCUUAAACAUACAAAAGAUGAUAUUAUUUUUAUUGGAAAGAGGUAGCAAGGUCUUCACUCUGAACAUCGGUGGAUUUAUUGUGGGAUCUUUAGAAAGUGCCGUCAUGGUAAGAACAAAUAAACCGAUAUACAUUCAACCACGUACGCUUUUUUUAAAUGGACUAGAUGAAAUAAAAAACGCGUAUCGUUGCAGAUCUUGAGUACUGUGAUAUCUUACUUCACCUUUCUUUAUUCCAUG